GGCAAACCUUGAGUAUGUGGAAGUCUUCGACCUCGAUCAUCGUCUUUUAAUUCCGCCAAAAAACCUCAUUGGUCGUGACACUAUCAUGCGCACAUUAACACGACUUUGGUUCUUCCUUUCUCUUUUCUCUUUCUCCCCUUUCCCUCACCUUACCCAGUUCCAACCGGCAAUCGCGUCAAAGUUAAUCCCACAAAUGAUAAAACACUAUUAAUUGGUUCAUUCCAAAGACAGAAACCCCCACUAACAUUUUUGCAUAAAAUUGUUCCCAAUUCUAUGUGCAAAUCGAAAAUGGCAACCCACGCCACCGAUCCCACCCCAACUCGCCCCACUCACUCCUCUCAAACCCGCCGCACUCGCUCCUCUCAAUCCCCUCGUACUCCACCGAAUUUUUCCGAUCCUUCUACUUCUUCAACCAGCGCCGAAUACGCAGCCCCCACGUCUUCUUCAUCUCAAUUCAAACCUUCGUCUUCAGGUACAUCCAUUUCAAGUCGAACUUCUUUAUCCAGUCUCCGGGAAUCCAUCUCCGAAAGCCCUAACAUCUACAGCUUUUCCGAAAUUCGGGCCGCCACUAACAAUUUCUUAUUGAAGAAACACUCUUCGUCUUCCUCCAACUGUUGGCGCUGCAACUUGCGCGGCCGUGACGUCAUCAUUUUCCAACGCAAGUUUUGUCGAAAACUCCAGAUGCAGCAUUUGAAAGAGAGAUUAUCGGUGAUUUGUCGGAGCCACCACAACAGCAUCAUCAAGUUACAUGGCGCUUCUAUAUCUGAUGAUUAUAUUUAUCUCGUUUAUGAAUUCAUCAACGGUGCAAAUUUAUCUGAUUGUUUGAGAAAUUCAAAGAAUCCGGAUUUUACUGUAUUGUCCACGUGGAUGUCGAGAAUGCAGAUCGCCACAGAUCUCGCACAUGGCCUUGAUUACAUUCAUAAUAACACCGGCUUGAACUUGACUCUUGUUCAUAAUCAUAUUAAGAGUAGUAGCAUUAUAGUGACGGAGCCGUCGUUUAACGCUAAGAUUUGUCAUUUCGGCACGGCUCAGUUGUGCGGAGAAUCGGAGGAGGAAUCUGAAAGAAGAGAUAAAGGUUCAGAUUUCGGAAAAGUGACCGAAAUAUCGGAAAUAAUAGAGGAAGAACCGGUUGUAUCGUUAAAGAGAUCGAGUAGUAAGAAGAUGCAAUUCGAAGGAGUGAGAGGUUACAUGUCGCCGGAAUUUCGGGAGACCGGAAUUCCGACGCAGAAAUCGGACGUGUACGGUUUAGGCGUGGUUAUAUUGGAGCUUUUAUCAGGUGAAGAGCCUUUUAAAUACAAGUUUGACAAGUCACGUGGCGAAUUCAUGAGAACUUCGGUGACUGAAACCGCUAGAUUGGCGAUGAACGGAGGUGAUGAUGGCAGUGGAAGGGAGGGGAGAUUAAGGAAGUGGAUUGAUAAAAGACUUAGGGAUUCUUUUCCGAUCGAUGUGGCAGAGAAGUUAAUACGUGUCGCAUUGGAGUGCGCUGAUGUUGAUCCUGAUAAGCGGCCAGAUAUGGGACGCGUGUCGCGGAAGAUUUCGCAGUUGUAUUUGGAGUCUCGGGUUUGGGUGGAUAAAUUUAAACCUCCUAGCGACAUAUCGUAUUCUUUGGGGCCGAGAUAGAUGGGAUGCGGCAGUGGCACUGGCGGCUGAUAAAGAUGGAUUUUUUAAGUUAGGCGGAUUUGAUUGUGAUGUAAGUAUUGGAUAUUGUAUAAUUUAUUUGAUUAAAUUGUUGAAACUGAGAUUAAACAAAUCUAAUGAAUUGGA